GCAAAUAUUCAUUGAUUUUGGACUGAAUAUUGAUGGAAAUUGCACAUAGACAGGGAAUUAUUCGAAAAGUAAACCCACGUUUUUCAUCUCUCUUUUUGCCUUCUCCAGUUCCACCGGCAAUGAGUCAUGUCGCUACGUCAACAUUCUCGAACUGAAUUCGACUCUCUUUUUCUCUCAUUCGAUUAAACCAGAAACCCACAAAAAGUUCAAUUGUUGAAACCCGUUAUUUUACUCUUUCCAUCUGUGGUCGAUCAUCGAUGGCGGUGUUGAGCCGCCUAAUGCUGAGGUUCAGAACAUCCUCAACAAUUCGUAGUUUCUGCACAAAAUAUUCUGAAAUUGACCUUACAAGAGCAGCAUCAGCAGAAGCUCUUUCUUCUGCUCUUCCUGUUGAAGAUUCCAAGGAGAAGGGAAGGAAUGUACAGUGGGUAUUUCUGGGCUGCCCGGGUGUAGGCAAAGGUACCUAUGCUGUUCGAUUGUCAAAACUCCUCGGUGUUUCACAUAUUGCCACUGGUGAUCUUGUGCGCCAAGAACUAUCCUCUGACGGGCCCCUUUCUUCUCAGCUUGCAGAGAUUGUUAAUCAAGGGAAGUUAAUUUCAGAUGAAAUUAUAAUAAAUCUUCUAUCCAAGCGUCUUGAAGAAAUUCAAGCUAAGGGUGAGACAGGAUUUAUUUUAGAUGGCUUUCCUCGGACUGUCAGACAGGCGGAAAUCUUAGAGGGGGUAACAGACAUUGGUUUGGUAAUUAAUCUGAAGCUUCGCGAAGAAGCAUUGAUUGCAAAAUGUCUUGGAAGAAGAAUUUGCAGCGAGUGUGGAGGGAAUUACAAUGUUGCCUGCAUUGACAUCAAGGGUGAAGAUGGAAGCCCAAGAAUGUACAUGCCUCCUCUUCUUCCUCCUCCAAAUUGUGAAUCAAAAUUAAUCACACGAUCCGAUGACACGGAAGAAGUUGUUAAAGAACGUCUUCGAGUCUACAAUGAGAAGAGCCGACCUGUCGAGGAGUUUUACCGUGCGCGUGGAAAAUUGUUGGAGUUUGAUCUUCCUGGAGGAAUUCCCGAGUCCUGGACGAAGUUGCUUCAAGCCUUAAAUCUUGAUGAUCAUGAAGACAAAAAAUCAGCUGCAGCUUGAGUUCGGAAAUCAUUCGGGUAGGUUCUCUAGGUAUUUUAAUCAUUCUUUGCAUGUGAAAAUACACAUGCAUAUUACUCUUAACAAUAAAAUUACUUUGGUCUGUGCAAAUAUUAAAUUAUUGUGGGGAGUCAUGGAGUUGAGCAGGUCUUAUUAAUUUAGGUUUAGCACGAUGCAUCUCUGUGUCACAAUUCAUUGAAGUUUUAGCUGCCAAUUCGUGUAUUUUUAGGCAACAUGGUGGUGGGUGGAUCUACUUUACAAACA